AUGGCCUUCAACCCUGCGGUGGUCUGUCUCCUGGCUGCCUGUAUUUCUGCAUCUUUAGCAGUAUCUUCCAAGAUUUCUGAGAAGUAUCCCCCUCUGUGGGAGGAGAGCCCUGGUCAGGUCAGCGAUUAUAAAGUAAAAAAUGGAAAGUACAUCAUUAAUAUCUGGAAUUAUUCCGAGAGAUUAGGAAUGUAUAAAAUCUUAUUGAACCAGACAGCCAAAUAUUUUGAAAAAUUUGCUCCAGAAAAUGAACAAAAUCUUUUAUGGGGGUUACCUGUGCAUCAUGGAUGGCAGUAUCAUACAGGCAGGCUGGCCGACCCCACCCAAAGGACGAGCUGUGGCAAGGAAUCUGGGGACCGUCUGUGCCUCUCUGUGGACAGCUGGUGGGCAGAUGUAAAUUAUUUUCUCUCCAUAAUACCCUUCCUUGCUGUGGGGGAGGCUGGGAUCAUAGGGAUAUCACCAGAUGACGUCAUCUUUCUGCCACCACCCAAGGAUCAGAAGAAUUUUUGUUACAAUACUUCCAGCUGUCACUCAUCAUUUCCAGAAGCAAUGAAAAAGUGGAAUGAAUUUUACCAGCAUGUAAAGUCACCAUCUAGUAGCUUUGACGACCUGUUAAAGUAUGUAUGGGCUGCCCACUUCUCAUCCUUGAAGAUUGCUGGUAAAAAUUUUCAAAGUAGGUCAAAAUAUUAUUCUAAACCAGAAGCAGAGUUUCAAAGGAACUGGGCUUUAUUUGUGGAUUAUUUGGCUCCACCACGCUUUCCUACAACUUUGGUGAGAAUGAAUGAAUUCCAGAAAGGUUUGCCACCACGAAUACUUGUUAGCAGGGACAAAGGUCCCAUCAUCAAGGACCUCACUGGUUUUCAGAACGUAGUCCUGCUUCUUCUAAAUUUCCUCCACAAAGUACAUAAGUAUACAGGAACAUUGUCUUUUGUUGCAUGGAAAACCUUAAUGAAGUUAAAAGUUGCAAGAAAACUUUUUCUGGAGAUUAUGGAAUAUAUCCUUCAGUUAUUAAUUUAAAUGUUUUUGGAAAUUUGUGGUGAAAGAAAACCCUACUGUGAUGACUUCUUGAAAAUUCAUCUUUGGCUUUACAUGUUCACGUAAUAUUAUCAUUAUAUAUCCUUGUAGUUUGAAAUUUGAAUUAAAUGCUGCUGUAA